AUGGCAUCUAUGUACGACGCAGGUUAUGGUGGUCACCAGCGACAAGGACUGCCCAGAUCUGCCCCGCGACAGCACGGUGGUGCGCCGCCACAGCAAUACGGAACACAACCACAACACGAGCGACAACCAAGAGGCUAUGACUAUGAUGAUUAUAAUGAAGGUCCCGGUCAAGGUUACGGAGGACAGUACCAAGAGCCUAACUACGGCAGAGGGCCACCUCAAAAUCCUUAUGGACGCGGUGGGCGGCCAAUGCCCGGUCCUCAUGGAGGGCCAAUUCCUCGAUCACAGACGGCCGACCCGCAUCGUAAUCAACAGCGACCUCCUCCUCCCCGGGGAGGUCCCGGGCCAGGCCUAGAUCAAGGUAUGCCAAGUGGCCAUCCUGCUCGGAAUGGUAUGCGCCCAAGCCCAUAUGCCGCGAAUUCGGAUCCCGCAGCCCGCCGACAUAUCAUGAACAGUCCUCCCAUGAGUCCUCGAGAUGGUCAGUUUGGGCAUCAUUAUCCACCACAAGAGCGACGAAGACCAGAGAUGGGUUAUGAGCAGCAGAUGGUGGAUCAAAUGUCGAAUUUGGAUAUGAACAACAGGCAAAUGAUGCAAACAGGUGGACGUGCGAGCUCUGACGCCCAGCGCAGCCAAGGUGAGUACGGGCGACCGCCGCCGAAUGGCGGCCGUGGACCUCCUCCCAGAGGACAUACCCAAGGGCAGCAUACUGGCUACGGGUCUCAGGGUGGUUAUGGAGAUUAUAAUGAUACAUACAAUGGCCCACAAGAACCUCCCCGGGGUGGCUUUGGACCGCCAGCGCGAAGCAGAACCAUGCCGGUGGAUGAUAUGAGGCAGACGACAAACAUGCCACCCCCUCAGCGUAUGGACCCAAUGCAAUAUAGCACUCCGGCUGGCCGAGGGAUACCUCAACGACCUUCGACCGCCGGCGGUCACCGGGCACCCCCUCAGAGAUCAUAUACAGCGGCCCCGCAAGGAGCACCAGGCAAUACCUAUGACAAUGGCUACAACGACGGAAGUGCAUACCAGAACCCACCGAGGGCUUCAUAUGAAGACGUCUACGGCACCUACCCCGACCCUCAGCAGGAUAGCAACCCAGGCUACGGACAACAUCCUCAACAGAAUCGAACCAGUCUUCCGGACUUUGACGCGAUACCACCUCCAGGACAGCGCAGUUCUUUCGAACAAUCAAUGCGACCUAGCAACGAACAGCCUCAACGCGUAGCCCAUCAAACCGCGGUACUCAACCAUGCAAAGUCUCAGCCAAUGCUUCGCCAACCCCAAACCGCCGUUUUUGAGAUGGCUGGGGAUGUGCCCGACGUCCCUGCGGUUCCUCCUAUCCCACCUAUGAAUAGUUACCAGUCAGGUUAUGAACAAGAAUAUAAUCAGCUACCCCCUAGGGGGCCGAGUGCACCAGCAGCAAUGAAUGGCACACAUGCUGGAGGGCCGACCAAUAUGGAUGGUCUUCCUUCACAUCCGGCACCCAUUCGCCCAGGCUUGGUGCAAGACUCCGUGGUUCGCAUGAACAGCAAACCAGCCCCUAUUCGGAACUAUGGAGCUUCGACGCCGGCACCUCGACCCCAACAACAGCAUCAGCAACAACAGCGUCAACAGCAACAACAGCGUCAACAGCAUCAACAGCAUCAACAGCAGCCGCAGCAGCCGCAGCAGCAGUCACUGCCUCAUAACAAUGGCCCGCAGCCGCCUGCCAGAGAAGAAGGCCCUGUCACAACUCAAGAACUGGAGCAUCUUAGAAUGCUUAUCAAGAAUAACGCGAGCGACCAGGAAUCGGCUUUGAGACUAGCUAAGAAAUUGGUUGAAGCUGCCGAUGUGCUGGCACCCAAGAUGCCGGAUCCCAAGCAGCGCAUGAGAGCACGCGAACGUUAUCUGAUUGAUUGCCACAAGAUUCUCAAGAAGCUUGCAAACGCUCAAAAUCCGGAUGCCAUGUUUUUGUUGGCCGACUGCCUUGGAAGAGGUCUCUUCGGCGAGACUGACUAUAAGGAAGCUUUCACACAGUACCAGUCUGCGGCGAAACUCGGACAUGCUGCAGCAGCCUAUCGAACAGCGGUAUGUUGCGAAAUCGGUCAUGAAGAUGGAGGUGGCACACGAAAGGACCCAAUGAAGGCCAUUCAAUGGUACAAGCGAGCCGCAACCCUGGGGGACCCCCCAGCAAUGUACAAGGUUGGAAUGAUCUUGUUGAAGGGGCUUCUCGGUCAGCCCAAAAAUCCUAGAGAAGCUGUGGGUUGGCUAAAGCGAGCGGCAGAGCGAGCGGACAAGGAGAAUCCGCAUGCGCUACAUGAGCUAGGUUUGCUAUACGAAUCAGCGCAACCAAACGAUGCUAUUAUUCGAGAUGAAGCAUAUGCCUAUAACUUGUUCCUUCAAGCUGCUAAUCUGGGAUACAAAUUCUCUCAAUACCGACUCGGCUGUGCCUUUGAGUAUGGAUUGCUGGGCUGCCCGAUUGAUCCCCGCCAGUCCAUUCAGUGGUAUUCAAAAGCAGCAACGCAGGAGGAGCACCAGGCAGAACUUGCGCUGAGCGGCUGGUACCUGACGGGCAGCGAAGGUGUGCUGGGGCAGAGUGAUACUGAAGCAUACCUAUGGGCUCGGAAGGCUGCUAUUGCAGGGUUGGCCAAGGCUGAAUAUGCAAUGGGUUACUUUACAGAGGUGGGAAUUGGUGUCCCGCCCAAUCUUGAGGAUGCAAAGCGUUGGUAUUGGCGAGCAGCUGCCCAAGACUUCCCCAAAGCUCGCGAGCGCUUAGAGGAUCUGAAACGAGGCGUAGGCAAGAAUGGCGCCCGCCAGCGUGAGCGCAUCUCUCGGAGCAAGAUGGAUCAGAAACAGGAAGGCGAUUGUGUCCUCAUGUAA